CUCAACUCCUCGGAUGACUCGACCAAUCAACUCGCUGCUCACACAAAAGUCACCUCUUCAACUUCCUAGCGGGAAGCUGCUUAUCGGGAAGUGUCCACAGACAGCAGGAAUCAGUGAUAGAUACCGUCAAAAGCAUACAGUCAUACUAAUCAAAUGAAGAUGAGGCUAUCCCGAGCUGAAUAUAAAGAGAUUGUGAGAUGGACUGAUCAACUGAGACCCACCCGCCAAUGCAUGAAGAUGCUGAAGGAAAGAUUUCCAAAUCACUCGCAGUCCACUCUUCUGAGCAUCUUCUCCCUGGAGUACCAGAAACGAACCAAAAGAACAUUCUCAAGACACAAUGCACCAGAUGUUAUCGAAAGCCACUACCAAAGGUAUCUGAGUGAAGCAAAGGCACAUCCCACUGCUCCUGUCCUGCUAGAGUUGGCCAAUGAGGUGGAUCUGUCUCCUGCACUGAUGGCUCGUAUCAUCCUGGACAGGUUCCUUCAGGGCCUGGAGGGUGGAAUGCCCUCUAAAACAGUCCUCAACAGCAUGCUUAAGGAGCCUUCGUUAAUUCCAGACCAAAUUUUGGCGAAUAACAUCUACCAGUGCACAAUAAAUGACUGCUGUUAUGGACCGCUGGUAGACUGCAUCAAACACGCUAUUGGCCAAGAGCAUGAGGUGCUGCUCUGUGACAAACUGAAGGAGAAGAACCUUUCCUUUCUUGAUGAAAACCAACUGAGAGUUAUGGGCUAUGACAAAACACCCGACAUCAUCCUGGAGGUUCCCAUUGCCGUGGAGGGACACAUUGUACACUGGAUCGAGAGCAAAGCUUCAUUCGGAGACGACCACAGUCAUCGCACCUAUCUCAACGAACAGUUCUGGAGCUACUGGAACAGGUUUGGUCCCGGCCUUGUGAUCUACUGGUAUGGUUUCAUAGGAGAGCUGGACUGCCAGAGAGACCGAGGUAUCCUGCUCAAAGACUGCUUCCCUACAGACAUCGUCACCCUCUGCCAUGCCGCCGAGCAGGACCGACUGCCACAAGAGCCAGAAUAAAGACAAAGAGUGAGAAAAGCAAAACAAAGAUGGAAGGAAAGAAAGAGGAAGACAAGGAGGCGGGAAUUGUAGGAACAGGGAUGGAUAUCUAGAUCCGGGCGCAAUUUGGCUUUCCUGCAGUGGCAAAAAAUCUGCCCUGAACUCCACCUGACCCUCCCUCUCUGUCUGUCUCUCCCUUCCUCUCUUUCACUGCCCCAAAGCUACCACAUGUAAACACACACCAUCUUUCUGUAUAUCUGACAGCACAGGGUCAGAUUCAUACCUGUGUGCGAAAACACCGUCUUGGAGGCUUUCCUAGUUGUUGGUCAGCUCCUGGCCCCUGGAUGGCCUCUAGUAACGGACAGCCUGGGUGAGAGCCAGGGCCAAAGCAGGACAUAAGGCCCUUCCUUAUCACACCCAAAGCCCUGGCCUUUGUCACUCCUUCCUCCUCCACUCCAUAGGCAGAUAAGAGAGGUGCGGUCUGGGGGCUGGGUGGAGGCCUGUCUCUCACCUGCGUCACUCAGUGCCCUCUCAGUCACUCUUCAGGGGGGUAAACAGAAUCAUUUCUGUUUAAAAAUGGCCUCACUGUGACCUUUUCUACUGAAUGUAUUGAGGUUGUUGUUUUUUAAGCACAUUGGGUUGAAGCACGGGUUCACACUGCAAUUAAAUUUCAUCACAUAAUUAUUAUCCACUUUUUUAGUGUUGUCUUAAUUAACUAUAAUAAAUGAACUAUAAAUCUUCAUAUUUUCUGCUUGGCUAGCUUGUAAGGUGUUGAAUAAAGGUAAGGUUGAAUAAUA